AUGGCUCCUGAAUGGGUUUAUAAUCUUCCGAUCACAUCCAAAGUAGAUGUUUAUAGCUAUGGAAUUGUUUUGCUUGAAAUGGUGAUUGGCAAUGGCCCAACAAGAGGUUCUGAUGGAGAAGAUGUUGACCCCUUGAUGGAAGGCAAUUAUAACUUAAGAGAAGUGGAAAUUUUGAUCGAAGGGGCUCUUAGAUGUGUUGAGGAAGAUAAAGAUGUGAGACCCACUAUGAGCCAAGUUGUUGAGAUGCGUCUAAGCAAUGAAAAGGAAAAGUGA